GACUGAACGUGUCUCUGAGGUUUUAGUGGGCAAAGGCGCAUUCAGGUUGCGCAGUUUGUUGGAAAUCCGUCACAUUUUGGGGAUAUCAAUUAAGUUCCUAAACUAGAUCUAAGAUAAAGAAAAUCAAUUAUUGGAUAUAUUACAAGCACUGAUGCGUGACUUAUAUAGCCUUGGGGGACGAAUAAUUCUAUAGGAUGUUUGGAUUAUUCAAUUGUAUUUUAUAUCACACUCUUCUUGGACUACUAUUCUUUAGCGCCUGUUAUGGCCGUGACCCUGGCUUUGUGGCAGUUCAUCUGCAGCCAAAUGAUACCACAACCUCCGGAGAGCAACAAGUGAACAUCACCACAACAGUUUCCACACCAGCAGCUCUCGAUCAGCACAGGUUUCCCGCCAAAAUGGACUGCGAGCAGAGGCUACUGGAAGAGGCUUACGUCUGCGUUUCCAAACACGAUAUUGAUUUCAACCAUUUCCUCCUGAUGGCAGUGUCCACUCUGAAAGAGGGAGCUAAUGUUACCCAGCCGGAUAUUAUUGAGGGAGUCAACAUGACUAAGUUUCGAGGAAAUGUUUGCAGAGCACAAAAAGAAGUAAUGCAAUGCAUAUUCCAAGCUGCCCAGGCAUUGAUGGUUACGCCAGCCUGUUUCAGCGGUACCAAGACACUUUCUGGCAAGUUGUCCAGGGAACAACCGAGGCUGAAUGACCAGAGGUACCUGAUUAAAGAGCAGAUGGAGGCCAUCCUCGGCCAGUACGACACCUUCUGUGCUCAACCUUGCAGGCUGACACUUUUGGAAGACAUGAGAUCUUGCUACAAAAAGUUCGGUUUGGAUACGUCCCUCUUUCUACCUACUAAAGCAAGUGGUCCGGUCAUUGGGUCGGACAGCUGGGAAGUGGACACGUUCUGCAAAAACCGUCAGGAGCUAACAGCAUGUUUGAAGUCGACACGUGACCAAUGUCCGGAGUCAGAUAAAGUGCUUUCUGCGCUUGCUCUUGACCUUGACACCACCGCUAAGGGAUUUGACGUUUUAUGCUCCAACACAGACGUUUAUUUGAAAGGACUUCAAUGCUUUGAGAACCAUCCACAUCAAGUAGGGGUAUGUCACUCUGUCAAGUACAGAGGAGUGCUGAAAACGGCACAGAAAGCCACCGAGCUAAAAUGGUCCUCAGAAAAAUACUUCCAAGAAGUCUGCGGAGUCAUCGUCAAACACAUAGAAUGUGAUCUGGAGGCCUGGGCCCAGUACAAGGACGACAAGUGUGACAUGAGAAUAGUCAACUUUAAACGCAAACUGCAUUGCAGCCUCGUCCACAAACAGUGCCAGAAGACUCACGGUGACACUAUCUACAGCAUCUGUGACUCACCCGCCCAAGAGUUCCUCAUAGCCGACAGCUCUGCCACCAGAGCCUCACUGCCUGCUGUGUUAACAGCGUACCCACUUCUGUUGACUUUAAUGGCUAAAAUAAUGAUGAUAAACAAUUCUUGAUUUUACUUAAAAACCUACAGUAUAGAAAGCCUAAAGAAACUUCUUUGGAAAAAACUUUCGACAAUUUUAGAAAUUGAAUAGUCUGAUUUCAUUGUAUUCGUAUCCUUAGAAUAAAGCUUGAAAUUUAGUGUCA